AGGCACGAAACACCCGCGUGGGACCGGGUUGGUUUGUCCGGAGAUUGAUCCCGGCGCUGCCGCUGCUGACGGAGCGAGGGCGGUCCCGGUGGCGGCGCCAUCCCCGCGCUGCCGGGCCCCGCCCUGGCCGCGCCAUUCGCCCCCCGGGCCGCCGAUCAGCGGGGCCGCCCUUUCCGGCCGCCGGGCGCGGCUCGCCCAAUGGUGGCGGGGCGUGGGCGGGCCGCCUCAUGCUCACCGGGGCAACCAGCGCACGGAUGGCGGCGGCGCAGGGAUGAUUCCCCUCCAGGGUUUAUUUUUGCAUGGAAGUGUGCUCCUUGCUGGUAGAAGAUGGUGAUCCCAAUGUAUGACCAUGGAGAAGGGGAUAAGCUCAGUAGAAGUGUUACCUUCCAAAUCAUCUCAGGUUACGGCUGUAAAAGUGGUGGUCAAAGAGCCCGAAGCAAAGCAGACCCAAAGAGGGAAACGAGUGGGAUUUGUGCUUGUCCACGCAGGUGCAGGUUAUCAUUCCGAAUCCAAAGCUAAAGAGUACAAGCAUGUGUGCAAAAGGGCCUGUCAGAAGGCAAUUGAAAAGCUCCAGGCUGGUGCUCUUGCCACAGAUGCAGUGACUGCAGCACUUAUAGAAUUAGAGGAUUCUCCUUUCACAAAUGCAGGAUUGGGAUCGAACCUAAACCUUCUGGGUGAGAUAGAAUGCGAUGCCAGUAUAAUGGAUGGAAAGUCAUUAAAUUUUGGAGCAGUUGGAGCCCUGAGUGGAAUCAAGAAUCCAGUUUCGGUUGCAAAUAGAUUGUUGUGUGAAGGGCAGAAGGGAAAACUCUCUGCUGGCAGAAUUCCACCUUGCUUUUUAGUUGGUGAAGGAGCUUACAGAUGGGCAGUUGAUCACGGGAUACCAGCAUGUCCUCCAGGUAUCAUGGCUACAAGGUUUAGUUUAGCAGCUUUUAAGAGGAACAAGAGGAAGCUGGAGUUGGCCGAGAAGGUGGAAACAGAUCUCAUUCAACUAAAGAAAAGAAGACAAUCACAUGAAAAGGAGAACGACUCAGGAACGUUGGAUACAGUUGGGGCAGUUGUUGUUGACCAAGAAGGAAACGUUGCUGCUGCUGUCUCCAGUGGAGGUUUAGCACUGAAGCAUCCUGGAAGAGUUGGUCAGGCAGCUCUUUAUGGUUGUGGCUGCUGGGCUGAAAAUACAGGAGCUCAUACCCCUUACUCCACUGCUGUGAGUACUUCAGGUUGUGGAGAGCACCUUGUCCGAACCAUACUGGCCAGAGAAUGUUCAUGUGCUUUGCAAACAGAAGAUGCCCACCAAGCUCUCCUAGAGACUAUGCAAAACAAGUUUAUUGGUUCCCCUUUUCUAGCCAAUGAAGAUGGUGUGCUCGGAGGGGUGAUAGUCCUUCGGUCUUGCAGGUGUUCAGCAGAGCCUGAAUCUUCCCAGGAAAAGCCAACUUUACUAGUGGAAUUUCUGUGGAGCCAUACAACAGAGAGCAUGUGUGUAGGAUAUAUGUCUGCACAGGAUGGCAAAGCUAAGACUCACAUUUCAAGGCUUCCUCCCGGAGCUGUGGCAGGACAGUCCGUGGCAAUAGAAGGAGGAGUUUGCAGGCUGGAGAGUCCCGAGAGCAGCUGAUUCCUCACUUCGUUGCAAAGAAUGUGAAUGACUUUUUGUACAAUAAGGGUUGUUUUUUGUUUUGGUUUUUUUUUUUUUGGUGUGUUUUAACAGAUGUUGGAAAUUCUGGUCUUGUUUUUAUACUCCAUAUUGCAACCACGUGCACCGUAACUUGAGACAAGUGCUGCUGUAGUUUAUGUUCUCACUCUGUGAAUGGGGGUGUGUGCAUGUUCAUUUUUUUUUCCCCUAAUGAAAUAGGAACUCUCCCCAGUUGUGCAGAGAUCAUGUAUGAUCAACGAUUGUGUUUUCGCUGGUUUAUGUUUGAAAAAUAAGCGAAAGGGUUUUUUUAAAAAAAUAAUUAUUUAAUUUCAAAAGAUGGUCACAAUUGUCAUAGGUGUUCUAAAAUUAAAAGUUACAGGCUCUUUGAAGUGGCUCUGUAAUUAUGCAAAAAAAAUGAUUAUGAUUUCUAAGUUUUUCAGUGGUUUAAGGAAAUCCAGAGGUAGCUUAAAAAUUAGUUGUUUUUUUUUUCCUCCCCAAUAAGGAGGAUUUUUUUUUUUUCUGUUCGAAGAAAUGGUUUCAGUGAAACAAACUAGAGCAAAAUCAAGGCUCAAAUUGUUGUUGUUAUUGGUUUUUUUUUCCUAAUAGUCUUAUAGGUCAUAUCUCUUGUUCCCAAACUAAGAUGUUAAUAGCUCCAAGCUGUAUGUAUUACAAAAAGCUAUAUGAAGAUAAUGUGUAACGCAGUCUUUAUGUAUAAUGGAAUAUUACAGUGUAAAUAAGAAAACAAAGUUUAUGGACAGAUUGGAUAUUAUUCUUCGCUUCUGUUUUAAAUCUAUUUUUAAGAGAGGUACAGAAAUGAACAUAUUCCUGGAUGCGAAGUGCAAUGUGUGUUCAGUGGCUGCUGGGAGGGCUGAUACUGAGCUCUGGUGCUGGGAAAGCAACUUCCUCGAGUCCAGCCCACAGCAUGGGUAUUUAUAUAAACUGUGUGUAAUAUGUAUGUACUGUGCAUAAAUUUACUGUAACUCUUUUGAUACCUUCAGCAAAACUGCAGUUUUAAAACAAUGUAAUCCUUGUCUGCCUCUUAGAAGCAUUGGCAGCUGAACUGGUGUUUGCCACGAGUCCUAAAAGUGAGUUCUGACGUACAGCCUUCCACUGAAGUCCUUUUUCCUUCACAGCACUGGCAGCAAUAGAAGACUUUUGUAAUUCAUUCAUUGUCCUGAUAAGUAUGCCAAAGAGAAAUUAAAAUAGUUCAUCUUUUUCCCUGGUGGAUAUUUGAUAAAUCCGUUUUCAGAAAUAGUGGAUGAAUAGAUAUUCCGACUGUAUUCGCUUAACUGGGCAUUGUACUUGCCUGUUUUGUAAUGUUGUGCCUGCCUAUAACAGACAUACUUGACUGAUGAAAUGGUUUUAUUGAUUGUAGUACCAAUCUUUCAUGGAAAAGAAUAAAUUUUUUUUAAUAGCCUGA